UUAAGAAACUGGGUGCAGUAAGAACUAAAAGAGUUUACGCAUUACUUUUCACUGAUAAGAAGACAAGCGGAUUAUAUAUUGGACGAAAUUUGAUAAAAAAAAUUAUCCAUUGCAUCAUUGAAGAAACUGAACUUUUCUUUCCGUCUUCAGAAAAGCAAUCACGUUAGGCAAGCAAAAGAUGAAGCAAAAGGAAAGCCGUCUUAAAGAUGUCCAGAAACAUGUCGCCGCGAUAUUCAUUCUCUGGGUUCUGGGUUCGAAUAUGCCAGGGUCGUCAGGUGCCACUUUUUACAACGAUUUUCAAGACUGUAAUGGAACGAAGUGGAAAAAUACCUUUCCUGACCUGGAUUUUGCACUUCUUGGCUACGACAUCCUGCACGGUGAUCCCAAUGCCGAAUGCGAUCCAGGGUUUAAGCACCCAAUAUUCAGGGCUGACUAUUCUGAACUUAGACAAAGUGCGGAUUGUCGUUACAGCAUCCCAGUGGGUCUGACAGCGUACCCAUGUCAAUCUUGCUUUUGUUUUUCAUAA